AUGAAUUCAAACCUGCAGGACGCGGAACUUGCGGCCGUCAUGGCCGACGACCCGAGUACGAGUCUGACAGCGGAAGAGGUGGAACCGAGGGCAGGACUUUUGCAAUCCGACUCGCCCUCGUCCGCCGUGUGUUACGUGGACGCGAAGGAGGCGUCUGUGCCUGCCGUUCACGACUUUGCCCCUUCCCGCGCCGACCCGAAACAAGAGACGCCCACCACAACUGAACAUGAGCGGUCCCAGGUUCCCGCCUGGCCAGAGGGAGCCGAAGCGGACAACACGCCGCGCUCAGAGGUGCCUUCGGUCUCAGAUGCCGUGAAUGACACGCUGCUGCACCACACCUCUCCGCUCGACGGAGAGCCCAGCUACUUCUCGCCUCAGCCGCUCCGCGUGCUGCCCUCUAAAAUACCGCACGCCAACCCCUCCACCGAGCCGUCGCCCACGGGCAGCGACGCUGCAUUAGAUCCGACGAGGUCGAGCAGCUUUGCGUCCUCCUGGCGGGCAACUGGGCCGUCUCCCGUCCCUCCUCCAGAGUCUGACCGGCCGCCGUAUCAACGCGACAUCUCGAGUACAUCCACAGCCAGCGUUGCCACGGUGCGAGCGAACUCUGUGGAUGCGGCCCAUGGCUAUCCCCCUCCACGACCACGGGAUGGUCCGGUCUACCCCAACCAAUCUUAUGCCGCGCUCCAGAUGCAGCAGCACUCGACGCAUGCCCCUUACAUCCUGCGUGCGAAAAGCUCGCAGCCUGCCCAUCAUUCAGGCUAUUCAAUGUCGCAUAUCUCCACGUUUGGUCUGCCUGGUGAACAUUACCGCGGUGGCCUUAUGGACACAGGCUCUCGCACCGUUGGCAACUCUCCAGCGAGCAGCCCUGGUCUCUUCAGUCCGAACGAACCUCGACUUCGGCACAAUGAACAGUCUGACGACAACCUCUACUCGGGUCCCUGGCUCCACUAUACGCACAGACAAGCACCAAAGGAAACGCACGUGGCCGAUGUCGAUGUGGACCCAAUGUCGGGACGUAAGAUCAUCAACCAUUAUGAGAUCUUGGAUGAGCUUGGCCGCGGCAUGCAUGGGAAAGUCAAGCUAGGGCGCGAUCUUCAGAGCGGUGCCACGGUUGCCAUCAAAAUCAUCGACCGCUAUUCGAAACGUCGUCGGCUCGGGAAGAACACGAGCCACGAAGACAAGAUCAAGCGAGAAAUCGCCAUCCUCAAGAAGGCUCGUCAUGAGAACAUCGUCGGUCUGCUCGAAGUCAUCGAUGACCCCUCCAAGAAGAAGGUCUACAUCAUCUUGGAGCACGUCUCACUCGGUGAGGUCAAGUGGAGGAAAGAGGGCGCCAAAGAGAUCUGUCUAGUCGAAUGGCGCCGCAUCCAGCGAGAAUCUGAUGGCAUCUUCGACAACGAAAGUGCCAAGAUGGAAGAUGAUGCCAUCAUCAAGCUAGCCCACCAGAAGCUUCAACGGCAACAACGACGUCAAGCAAGGAAGCGCAGGCUCAUGAAAAUGCAACAGAACGGCAACGAAGCCUGGAGUCUUGAACUUGGUGGUGACUCGGAAGACGAUUACUCCGACUAUGAAUAUAGCUCUCGUGCGUCAGCACGCGGUGGGGACAGGCCUGCCAGUCGACUGGAAUAUUCCCAUCGUCAAGGAUCAAGCAUCAGCCAGGAUGCCAACAUGGAGACUGCUUUCCGCGCAGGUACACCUUCGGCCAGCGCUCGAGAGGAGACCUCUUGCUCGACCGGCUUAGAAGGAACAAUGUAUGGGGCCUACGACACGGAAGCGUUCCGUGGCCGCACCCCGAGUAUCGCUGGGAGCAGUUCUUCUCACCUUACAAACGGCGAGGACGAAAUUCCAGAGCAUUUCCAUUACGUGCCCGUCAUGACUAUUGAAAAGGCUCGUCAAGCCUUUCGAGACACCGUUCUCGGACUGGAGUACCUUCAUUUUCAGAAUGUCAUCCAUCGCGAUAUUAAGCCCGCGAACCUACUAAUGACCUCUCAAGGUCGUGUCAAGAUCUCCGACUUUGGUGUAUCGUACCUCGGAAGCGCACCUCGCCAGGACAGCAAUGGAGACCAGUCCGAAUCCGAUGCACCAGACGUGGACGAGGCCAUCGAGCUGGCAAAGACAGUGGGCACUCCGGCUUUUUACGCACCCGAACUAUGUCAGACCGAGUUAGACGCUGAAACUUACAAGAUCGACAAAGCCAUCGAUAUUUGGGCACUUGGUGUCACAUUGUAUUGCCUUAUCUAUGGGCGAGUCCCGUUCCACGAUCAGAACCAGUUCUUCCUGAUGAAGCGGAUCACCGACGAUGAGCCGUACAUCCCCCAGUAUCGGCUCAAGCCUGUAGAGGAUAGUCCAAGCUCUCGCCCAAACUCGCAUGGUCGCAUGUAUCUCAGUUCCGGCGCCAAGAGAGCAGACCACGAUCUCGAUUACGAAUGCGUCGAUGACGAACUUCGAGACCUUUUGCAAAGACUUUUGAUCAAAGACCCGCGGAAGCGAAUCACCAUCCCAGACAUCAAGCGUCACGCCUGGCUUAUGCAAGGCAUCGACAACGCCGACAAAUGGGUGAAAGAGACCGACAAGCAACUUGAGGGUAAUAAGAUUGAAAUCUCGAAAGAAGAUAUCGAAAAGGCCGUUGUUCCUUUUGGUGCUCUGUUUGACAAGAUGCGAUACACAGUCGGCAAGCUAAAAGAUCUUACCCGGAGCUUGACCCGUCGAGAGUCGAAAACACGUAAUCGGGCUCAAAGCACCGCGAGUGGUCAAGACGGCCCUCCGAAUCUCAGCGCGAACUCGUCGAGCAGUACCAUCAGCCAAGAAAGUCGCCGGCCAAGUCUAGGCCCAGGCAUGUCCAUAUACGAAGCGCUCAGCAAGUCGAGGGAAUCGGAACAUCCGCUUUCCCACAGCGUAACCGCAAGCCCCGACACGAGCAACAGGCCCCGGUAUUUUGAGGACACCAACUCUCGGACCGUGUCGCCGGCUCAUAGUACUGAAAGUCGUGAGCAUCCGUCCCCGUUGGCAUUGGGUGGUCGACCACGUCUUCCAGACCGUGCGCAUUCCGCAUUGUCGUCGGCCGCCUCGGUUCGUACUGUCCGCCCAUCGGACAGGUCUAGCCAUGGUUUUCCUUCCUCUCCAGGCAUUCCACCAGCGCUACCUGGGACACCAACGGCUCUCGAUACUCCGAACGGUUCCAGCCUCAGUGGUAUCUACGGCGGCAUGCCAAAACGCGCCGUGCAUAAUGCAAGGUCUGAAGAGAAGCGGCUGAGACCUCCCCGCGAAGUCAGUCGUGCAAAGUCUAUCGACAGGAUGUUUGGUUCAAACGAUGACCCUCACGCGACGCCGAGUCUAGCAGUAAGCACUGCUUUCGCUUCCGGACAUGUCGACCAGCCAGACCUGCUGAAAGAGCUCUCUCCGACCAUCCUGGGCUCGUCUCCUCAAUUCUCGGACUUGUACACGCCCAGUCACAUUGAAAGGGCAUCGUCCCGGCAGUCUUCAUUAUCGUCAGUCUCAUCACGCCUACACAAGACUUGGAUUACACGUAAUGAAUUGGAAGUCGGGCCCUCACUGGAGCUACCUCCUAUCCCCAUAGCCCCGCCUGUAGGCCGCGAGACGUCGGAGGACAGGUUCAGCAGGGCGAAAGAUGAGUUCGUCCGCAGAAGGGUCCGAGAGGUAGAGCUUGAUCGACAAAGAGCAGAUUCGAGUUCGUCUCAACGACCUCCAUCUGCCCUCAGCCAGCGCGAAUGUCCUCCUAGCCCUGACGACGAAACCUUCUAUCAGCGCCACCAGAAAGUCGAAGAGUUUCUCAACCAGCAGCAGCAGCAGCAACCGCCUUACGCGACUAGUCCAGUCACCAGGCCAGUUAUCAGUCAAGCUCGGCCAAGGCCCAUCGCAUCCAGCUCGUCAGAAGAACAGUUCACCUGCAUAUCCCAAUCAACCUCGAACCCGUCCGUGCCUUCUGUGGCUUCGGCAACGUCAUCGUUGGCGCUUGAUGAGUACGCGGUAUCCAAGAUGACGCCGGCAGCUUCUGGCAGUUCUAUACAUCUCCACCAGCAAUUCAACACGCCCACUGAUGAUCCAGCCGGCUAUGAUGGAGAUCAUGCCGUCGAAAGCGAGGACGAAGAUUCGGAGGAGGAGUUUCUCGUGAUGGGGAAGAAGAAGCCUGCAACGAAGCUUUCCCGAAGUGAGUCGAUCACCAACGCCGAACUCGCCCGUUCAAAUGUUCGCAAAGAAUUCGGAUAUCGACGUCGCUCGAACCGUAGCGGGAGUAACGGCACGGUGAAGAAGGUCCCACCACCGGGUGAGGACUGA